UGUUGGAGUGUGACUGAUCUUGUGUUUGUUAUGCAUUUAUAUGAUUAAGCUCUGUAUUCAAACAGUUUUAGUGUUUUAAAAAAAUGACGCGUUUGACUUUCUGGAAAGAUUUGAAAAAACGGGAGUUGUUUCCCAUCAAACUGCUAUUGUUUCUACAAGCCAUAGGAGACAUGGCGUUAUACCCGUUCCUCACAUUGCACAAUGAAAUACCUUGGCAUCACAGUUGCAGAAAUAGGAAUCCAGUUUGCUGUAUCCCCAUUGGCUACCCUGAUUGCUACUCCAUUGGUUGGGCUUCUUGCAGACAAAAUAGGAAACUUUAAAAUCCUUUUGAGCAUAUCUUUGGUCUUCUGUGCUGGAGUAUCAAAUUUAUUUCUCUUAGUUCCAGCAGUGAAAAUGGUACCCGAUACUACAUUUUUGAGUUUUCAAGCAACUUUUCCAUGUCCAGAUGGCGGUCCUAGUAUAUUAAAUAUUAGUGUACCUGAGAAGAUUUACUCAAAGAUAAUAAACGAAAGGAACUCGAACAUAACAGUCACAGCUAGAAGUGAGAACUCUACUCCUGGAGCAUCCAGCGACAAGGGCUCAUUACAAGAAAUUAUGUUUCUAAGCAACUGUAACAUUUAUUGUGAUUCUAAUGGAGCAGAUUUGUUAGAAGAUAAAAGUUUUGCCGAAUCUUUGAAACUAUGCUUUUAUGAAGAACAAGAACAUCAGUGCACACAAUUUGGGAAGAAUGAAACUGAUAUUUUUAACAUUAGAUUAGGAGAUUUGAUGAAUAGCACUGUGAUUGGAACGUUCAGUGUAACCAAAAUAUAUGUUCAAAAUAACACAUUCCAAAUGGUUUCUUGUAAUUCUGAAUUAUUAGAUAAGAACCAAAAAAAUUAUUCAUGUAGUGCCCAGUGCUCUGUAAAUUCAAAGUUUGUUUCCAGUGACCGAGUUCCUUUAGUGACUGAUGCUAAGUCCAAAAUAGUCACUUUCUGGUUUUAUCUUGUGUUAAGAAUAUUGCUAAUCAUUUGCAUAGCAACUGAAAUAAGUCUUCUGAAAGCUGCCAUCUUAACCAUCAUUGAAGAGUACAAAACUGAGUACGGGUUCCAGAGAGUAUGGGUUUCAGUGGCCAACUGCAUUUCCCCUCCAGUCACAGGAGUGGUAAUGGAUUACCUCCAGCGUGGAUCAGUGGAAGACUAUCGUCCAUGUUUCUUCACGUAUGGGGGCAUGAAGAUCAUUAUGGCUGUCAUUACACUGUUUAUAAACAUCACUGCCAAGGCUCCCUCCAUGCAGUUGUUGUCAAACAUCAAACGGUUACUAAGAAAUCCGGAGACCACGGUUCUUCUUCUGUACUGUGCAUUCAUUGGUAGUGCCUGGGGAUUUCUGGAAACCUUCUUGCUGUGGUAUUUAGAGUCUCUUGGAGCUAGCAAGACCUUGAUGGGGAUGACGUUUACUGUGGGGGCAUUGUGUGGUAUCCCCACUACUCUUCUAGCUGGAUACCUCUCCCGGAAGUUUGGUUUUGUCCCACUAAUAUCACUGGGGCUUUUUGCUUAUUCCGUCCGUUUUAUAGGUUAUUCUUAUAUUCCCUCUCCAUAUCAUGCAUUGAUUUUUGAAGCACUGGAAAGUUUCACCUUCGCCCUCAUGAUUGUUAUUUUAACAACUUAUUCAUCUCUGCUAGCAACAUCCGAACUCGUUGCAACGAUGCAAGCUACGUGGGGAGCAAUUCAUUUUGCAGUAG